UCCGUCCUACCCGCGGGUUGAGUUCAGCCAACGCUGCGGCGAGGGGAGGGCUGGAGGAGGGAGAGCGGACGCAGGGGGCGGGGAGGGGAGAGGACCGCGCGCUCGCCCGCGCUCUCUUUCGGUUUGGUCCGCCUCAGGAGGAGCGCGGACCCCCCCACUUCGCGGCUCUUUCCCCCGCGCGUCUCCGCCGCCCCCAGGUCCCGGCGCGGGGCUUGGGGAUGCCCGCCAGCAUGUUCAGCAUCGACAACAUCCUGGCCGCUCGGCCGCGCUGCAAGGACUCGGUGCUGCCGGUGGCUCCCAGCGCCGCGGCUCCCGUCGUCUUCCAGGCCCUGCACGGGGACUCGCUCUACGGCUCCAGCGGCGCCGCCUCCUCGGACUACGGCGCCUUCUACCCGCGUCCUGUGGCCCCCAGCGGCGCAGGCCUCCCGGCCGCGGUCGGUGGCUCCCGCCUGGGCUAUAACAACUACUUCUACGGACAGCUGCACGUGCAGGCGGCGCCCGUGGGCCCGGCCUGCUGCGGGGCCGUGCCGCCGCCGCUGGGCGCCCAGCAGUGCUCCUGCGUCCCAACGCCCGCAGGCUACGAGGGCCCCGGCUCGGUGCUGGUGUCCCCGGUGCCGCACCAGAUGCUGCCCUACAUGAACGUGGGCACGCUGUCGCGCACCGAGCUGCAGCUCCUCAACCAGCUGCACUGCCGGCGAAAGCGGCGGCACCGCACCAUUUUCACCGACGAGCAACUGGAAGCGCUCGAGAACCUCUUCCAGGAGACCAAGUACCCAGAUGUGGGUACCCGCGAGCAGCUGGCCCGGAAGGUGCACCUCCGCGAGGAGAAAGUGGAGGUCUGGUUUAAAAACCGCCGGGCCAAGUGGCGGCGGCAGAAGCGGUCCUCGUCGGAGGAGUCGGAAAACGCGGAGAAGUGGACCAAGGCGUCGUCCAAGGCGUCGCCGGAGAAGAGGGAAGAAGAAGGUAAAAGUGAUUUGGACUCGGACAGCUGACGGCCGCCGGCCGGCCGUGGCGCUUGCCUGACUCGAAGGACUUGCACACACGGACGAUGCUACUUUCUUGCACACACGCUGCCUUGCGGGAGGGGGUCGAGAGAGCGGAACGAGGAGCUGUUAAUAGUGUACGGAGCCCGGAGGGCCGCGCGGAGGCCGGGGCCGCGCGGGGGCUCCAACCCGGCAGCAGAGGCGGCUGCCGCCGGCGCCUUGUUCCGCGCCGUAGUAUUUAUAGUUAAAUUAACGGUGACACGACAAUAAAGUGAUGAUGAUGUA